AUGUCCUCUCUUCUCCCCAACAUCCUCAUCAUACCAGGGGCUUGCGUUCCUGCCCUCGGCUACAAGACUAUAGUCGACCGACUUCGUGAAGAAGGCCUCAACGCGAGCGUCUUUGAGCUCCCCACGGCCAACGGCGCUGCUCUCGGACAUGCUGCAACAAUGGAAGAAGACGUAGCGUUCUUCAGCGGCGUUCUGACCGCAAUGUGCAGCACCGGGGCCGACGUUGUUGUUCUUGCACACUCUUACGCUGGAUGCGUUGCGAGCGAUGCGAUCCAUGGGUUGACAGAGAAGGCGGCCGGAAGAGGUCGAGUCCAUGGUUUGAUCGCCCUCACAGCGGCGCUGCCAAAAGUGGGAGAGAGCAUGGGCGGUCUUCUGGCCCAUCUCAGCUUUGACUUGUUCGAACCAAAGGGCGACUUUGUUGCGCACAAGGACUUCAGCCUCUCCGCUCGCAUCCUGUACAAUGAUUUACCACUCGAAGAGGGAGUGAAGUGGGCGGAGACGCUGAGGCCUCAAUUGGCAAUCAGCUACUCGGGAAAAGUCCAGCAUGCUGCGUAUCGCAAUGUCGAGAAGCUCUUCUAUCUCCGUUGCUCAGCCGACGAGUGUCUGCCGCCCAACUUUCAGGAUGAGAUGAUCAAGAACGGCACGGAUACAGGGCAUCAUGUCGAGGUCCACAAUGUAGAAGGAGCAGGACACUGCCCCAAUGCCUCUAUGCCAGACAAAGUUGCUCAACUUGCUGGUGGCAUAGUCAAGAAUCACUUCAUAUAA